AACCGGACAUAUUAAUCCGAAUGCAACAACUCUAAACCCAAAUCUCCUGACCAAACCGGACCGAUUAAAGAAACUAUUUACAUUUGAACGUUAAAAAUAAUCCGCUCUCCAUCUUCGUUUGAAAAAAUCCUCAAAGAACCCUAGAUCUGAUUCUAACCAAUCUUUUGCCACCCCCGUUUGUGCGAUUCCAAAUCUAUAAUCCUUGCGUUUAGAGCAACACUUGCUUUGUUCGUUAAUCGCUUCUUUGGGAGGGAGGCUUCCUUUAUUGGUUCAUCGAAAUCUGGUGAGCUCUUAAACGUUUGGUUUGAUUAAUGUCAAUAUCAGUAUACAUUGAGUCUAAUUUAGCUUCGUAUUCAUGGUGAAUCUACUACCCAAAUUGGGAUGUGUAUGUAGUGAGUGAGAAGAGUAUGGCGAGCACAACUGUUCGUGGGCAGUUGAUUUUCCAGGACGAGAAUGCAUUAUUAGCUCGUGGAAAGAAGGCUGUUGCUGCGGGGAAAGGUAAAAGCUCCCUCGCAGCUCCAAAAAAAUAUGGGGCGGGUUUUGGAAGCCGCAAGGCUCUUCAUGAUAUUACAAACAAGUCGAAGUUGCAACCUCAAGCUUCUUUAAAGACGAGCAAGAGUCCCGAAGUAGUGGACUUUGACAUAACGAAGGAAGGUUACUUGCAUGAUCACCGCAAAUGCAUUGAGCAACAGCAAAACCAGUGGGACAGUUACUUAUCUGAACACAUCAUCCUUCAUGCACAUGAUACCAACAUCGAGGAACACGAUAUUAAAGAAGAGGUGGAUGACAGAAGCAGCAACACUUGGGAUGAACUCAAAGAGAUACCAAUGGAGGAGUUUUCAGAUUUGAUGGGAUGCUCAACUCAGUGGCCCUCACCACCAGACUCCCCCAUCCAUUACCACUCAUCUUUACCUUCAUCGCCUUUGCCAUGGCAUUUUGAAACUGUAGAAUUCAAGCUCAUGGAAGGUGAAGAGUGAAGACACCAACCUGAGUUCACGUUUUACUUGUACCUAUGAUUCUUGUUGGGAUCGUAAUCUUUAGUUACUCUUUACUUCCCGGUUGUUGUAAUGAAUCCACAAUUUUUUAUUGAAACCCAUUACACAGAGUAUUGUUUCUAAAAAGUAAGAA